UCUUUUUUCUUACACAUACAAAACGAAGAAAAAGUGAAAAAAGAAAAAAAAAACCAUUGUAAAACCAAACAAAAGGUGAUCGAUGAAGAUCAUGACUAUUUCCUCUGUAACGUUGUUCACCAUUUGUUUGCUCAUCUCCUUUUGUGAUGCUAAGGUACUGAAAGACUUCUGCGUGGCAGAUUACACAGCUCCACAGCACGCAGGAGGUUAUUCAUGUAAAAGCCCAGAAAAGGUUACAGUAGAUGAUUUCGUGUACUCAGGCCUAGCCACCCCAGGCAAUACUUCCAAUCUCAUCAAGGCUUCAUUUCCGAACGCAUUCUCGUAUCAAUUUCCGGGGGUGAAUGGGCUUGGAGUAACACUUUCUCGUGGAGAUUUGGCCCCUGGAGGUAUAAUCCCAGUGCACAGCCACCCUGGUGUCACAGAAAUCAUACUUGUUGUAAAAGGAUCAAUCACUGCAGGGUUUGUAUCCACAGCCAACAAUGUGUAUAUUAAAACUCUCGAGGAAGGUGAUAUUUUUGCUGUCCCUCAAGGCCUUAUUCAUUUCGGCGUGAAUACUGGUCCCUCUCAAGCCCUUGUGUUUGCUAGCUUCAGUGAUGAAAAUCCAGGUGUCCAGGUUACGGAUCUCGCUUUGUUCGGAAACAAUUUCCCUACUGAUUUAGUUUCUAAGACUACUUUUCUUGACCCUGCCGUCAUUAAAAAACUCAAGGCUGUUUUCGGUGGCUCUGGCUAAUUAUAUUAUGCUCUCUCCUCCACAUACAGAUUUUACAAUAAGAUUUAGAGAUUAGUGUUGUUUUCUUUCUUUUAUUUUUGUUCCUUUUCAUUAAUUAUUAUAUAUAAAAAGAAUGUUGAUCAAGCUUAUUGGAUUUUUCUAGUCAGUGCUCUCGGAAACAUGUAUAAGCUUAUGGAUCCUCUGGUACAAAUGUAAAAGGGCCUUGGCAACUGCAAUAUGUUACGCAUAUUAUUUUAAUAAAUAGCAGUGUGGUUUUUGUCGGCUCAUAAUCUCCUUAAUUACUUUGAUAAAUGUUUUUCCAUUUUUUUGGCUCUAAUUUGUCUCUUAGUUCGGCAAGUUAUGUGCUCUAGUAUCAAUAAAUCUCAGCCACUUUGUUUGGAAAUAA